CUAGUGGUAUAAAUAAGAAUAUUAUAUAUACCUAAUUUUUCGAAGUGGCAGUUGCUCAUUUAAUACUAUAAUUUAUGUAUAAUUUAUGUAUAUUACGAGAUAAACAUUGCGACCGAAGCAAGAAAUGCAUAGCGUCAUUAUGUUGCAAAUAAUCGUCAAUGUGGAUUCUUUGAUAAUCAUUAGUAAACGGUAUUUUACGUAUCAAUUCGUUUAGAGUAAGUUAUUCAAUAUGAAUAUUAAUAGUUUAUAUUAAUUGUUUAUAUGUGCUUACAAAUAAACGUUACUAUGGUGAAACUCUCAUAAAUUACUUUUAUAUAAAAAUUUAUUGCAAUUAAUCGUUGCGUUUUGAAAUAUAUCGUUCAUUAUGGAUAUAGUAAUAAAGCUAAAUGAGCAAACAAUAGGCAGAGACAGAAUUAUCAGAUUGCUACAAUAUGGAAGCAGAGCUUAUUGGUAUUAUGGUCAGAAUAUUCGUAGUACACAACAUUCUGCAGAAGUCUUAAGAAGUUUAGAAUAUACAUUUAGUUCCUUUAGAAAAUUGUUACGCCUAGGGAGAUGUUUGGACAGUUUAUAUUCUGCUUUAAAAAUGAUGAAAUAUCCAGAUCUAACUAUAAGAGCCACUUUGACACUAUCAAAAAUUGCCAAUGCUCUAUUCUUAUUAACGGAUCAUAUAAUUUGGGUCGGCCGUGUGGGUUUAUAUAGGGUUAAUAUUGAAAAAUGGAGCAAAAUAUCUAAUAAGUAUUGGUUAAUGGGUAUUAUAAUGAAUCUAAUAAGAGAUAUUUAUGAAAUCAUAAAAAUUUUUGAACAUGAAAGAGAGAGUGUAUUAACGAGGACAUCGAAGUUCUCGCAUCAUUUAUGGAAACGAUAUAAAUUACUCUGUCAUUUAAGAAAUCACAAAGAUGUUGUAAUGGAUACAAUUAAAAAUGGAUGUGACUUGUGUAUUCCUCUAACAGCACUAGGUUUUACCAAAUUUACCCCUGGAACAAUUGGUAUACUUGGUGUGAUAUCUUCAAUUGUAAGUCUGUAUACAUUAACUUAUCCUCUGUAUAAAUUAACACCAACUUAAAAUUAAUCAACAUAAUUAUUUUUUAUGUACACGAAUACGAUUACAAAGCAUUUAUUCAAAUUAAAGGAAGUAUAUCAUUAAAAUUAAA